GGUAGAAGUCUCUGCUCUGAAUCGGUUCGUAGGAAUGAAGCGGCGGAUCCAGGUCUUUCAAGGCUUAAUUAAAUUACUUUCCAAAUCCUAAUCCUAAUUGGUCAAAUAUUUUAAAAAACUUUUCAAUUUAAGAUUCGUACCCAAUUCCUACCCGAUUCGUCUGGAUUCGUACCCAAUUUCUACCCGCCGAAUCCAAACCUGUAGAUCCGUUUCCGGUACGUCACUAGCCGUCCCCGCGUCGCUUCCGGAGCGGGAGGCGGCACCAAACUGCCGAACCCGUGCAACCUAGGCCAUGCUAUCUCUAGUCCUUUUGAAAGAUGAUCACGUAAACGAAAACGGGAAGAAUAAGAAGAAGAAGAGGUUGGUGAUGCCCCCAGGUCUGAGGGGGCUCCCGAUAAUAGGGCACCUCCAUUUGAUAGGGAAAAACCCCCAUCGAGAUUUCCAAAAGCUGCCCCAAAUCCACGGCCCCAUCAUGCGCCUGCGGCUGGGAAGCGUCGACACCAUCGUUUCCUCGCCGCAGGCAGUGGCGGAGCCAAAGAGGAGCAAUUGACUGCAAUUGCAGUCACUCCAUUUUU